AGUGAGAACACGAAAGGUCUGGUACCAUCAACCAAAAAACCAUCUACUAUCUAGCAACUCAUCAUUUGGCUGGAAUAAUGAUAAGGCUCUUUACCUUUGCUAUCAUAUUUAGCCUUUUGCUCAAACAAAUGAGCCUGCAGGUUCAUGGAGAAGUUGGCACUGCUGCAGCUUAUGGACCCCCUUACAUACCUACUGCUUGUGAUGGAAAUAGGAGAGAACAGUUUCCUCCAGGGAAUAUCUUUGCGGCUGUAAAUGAAGGAUUGUGGGAUAACGGGGCAGCAUGUGGAAGAAGAUACAGAGUAAGGUGUGUGAGUGGACACAACAAGCCAUGCAAAGGUGGUAGUGUUGAUGUUAAAGUGGUUGAUUCUUGUGCUGCAGGGUCGUCAUGCUCAAACACCCUGCUCUUGUCAAAUGAUGCCUUUGCAGCCAUCUCACGUUUCCCUAAUGCAAAAAUCAACAUUGAAUACACUCAGAUAUGACAUUCCAUUCAGGCCAACAUGUUCUGAAUAAGCGCACCUUGAUGAUUUGAAAGAACAGAAUGUAGCAGUGUUGUGUAACAAAGUAUAUAGUGUUUGAGUGAAUCUUCUGUAUACCAUGAUGUCAAUAGAGACUAUUGAUAUUUAGUUGUAAGAAAGAUUUUGCUUCUGGAAACCGAAGAAUUGAUCUAAUAAAACACUUUUAGAUAUGUA